GGCACCCGCCCAGCCGCAACAGCCCGCGCUCAGGCUCCGCCGGCCAUGGGGCGGCGGUUCCACGCGCUGCGGCCUCUGCUGGCGCCGCUGUUGCUGCCGCUGCUGCUGUCGCCGCGGGCGCUUCCCCGGGCGCACUGCCCCGAGCCCUGCAGCUGCCCGCCAGACGGCGCCCUGCGCUGCCCCGGCCCACGGGCCGGCCUCACCCUACUAUCACUCACCUAUCUUCCUAUCAAACUAAUCCCAUCUCAAGCUUUCAGAGGACUUAAUGAGGUGGUGAAAAUUGAAAUCUCUCAGAGUGAUUCUCUGGAAAAGAUAGAAGCUAAUGCCUUUGACAACCUCCUCAAUUUGUCUGAAAUACUGAUCCAGAACACCAAAAACCUGGUGUACAUCGAGCCUGGAGCAUUUAGAAAUCUGCCCCGGUUAAAAUACCUGAGCAUCUGUAACACAGGCAUCCAAGAGCUUCCAGAUGUUACGAAGAUCUUCUCCUCCGAAUUUAAUUUCAUUCUGGAAAUUUGUGAUAACUUACACAUAACCACCAUACCAGGAAAUGCUUUUCAAGGGAUGAAUAACGAAUCCAUAACACUCAAACUAUAUGGAAAUGGGUUUGAAGAAAUACAAAGUCAUGCCUUCAACGGGACGACGCUGAUUUCCCUGGAGCUCAAGGAAAACACACACCUGGAGAAGAUGCACAAUGGAGCCUUCUGGGGGGCCACGGGGCCUAGCAUCUUGGAUAUUUCAUCCACCAAAUUGCAAGCCCUGCCUAGCUAUGGGCUGGAGUCCAUCCAUACACUCAUUGCCACAUCAUCCUAUUCUCUAAAAAAACUGCCAUCAAGGGAAAAAUUCACCAACCUCCUGGAUGCCACACUGACUUACCCCAGCCACUGCUGUGCUUUUAGAAACUUGCCAACAAAAGAGCAGAAUUUUUCAUUUUCCAUUUUUGAAAACUUUUCCAAACAAUGUGAAAGCACAGCAAGGAGACCAAAUAAUGAAACACUUUAUUCUGCCAUCUUUGCUGAGAGUGAACUGAGUGCCUGGGAUUAUGACUAUGGUUUCUGCUCACCCAAGACACUCCGAUGUGCUCCCGAACCAGAUGCUUUUAAUCCCUGUGAAGAUAUUAUGGGCUAUGACUUCCUCAGGGUUCUGAUUUGGCUUAUUAAUAUCCUAGCCAUCAUGGGAAAUGUGACUGUCCUCUUUGUUCUCCUGACUAGUCGUUAUAAACUAACAGUGCCCCGUUUUCUCAUGUGCAAUCUCUCCUUUGCAGACUUUUGCAUGGGGCUCUAUCUGCUGCUCAUUGCCUCAGUUGAUUCCCAAACCAAAGGACAAUAUUAUAACCAUGCCAUAGAUUGGCAGACAGGGAAUGGGUGUAGUGCAGCUGGCUUUUUCACUGUAUUUUCAAGUGAGCUUUCUGUCUACACACUCACAGUUAUCACACUAGAAAGAUGGCACACUAUAACCUAUGCUAUUCAGCUGGACCAAAAGCUGCGUUUAAGACAUGCCAUUCCUAUUAUGCUUGUAGGAUGGCUCUUUUCUACUCUAGUUGCCAUGUUGCCCCUUGUGGGUGUCAGCAAUUAUAUGAAGGUCAGCAUUUGUCUCCCCAUGGAUGUGGAAACCACUCUCUCACAAGUCUACAUAUUAACCAUCCUGAUACUCAAUGUGGUGGCCUUCAUCAUCAUUUGUGCUUGCUACAUUAAAAUUUAUUUUGCAGUUCAAAAUCCAGAGCUGAUGGCUACCAACAAAGAUAAAAAAAUUGCUAAGAAAAUGGCGGUCCUCAUCUUCACUGAUUUCACCUGCAUGGCACCUAUCUCUUUUUUUGCCAUCUCAGCUGCCUUCAAAGUGCCCCUUAUCACAGUAACCAAUUCUAAAGUUUUACUGGUUCUUUUUUAUCCUGUCAAUUCUUGUGCCAAUCCAUUUCUGUAUGCGAUUUUCACCAAGGCAUUCCAAAGGGAUUUCUUUCUGUUGCUGAGCAAAUUUGGCUGCUGUAAACAUCGGGCUGAACUUUAUAGAAGGAAGGAUUUUUUGGCUUAUACCUCUAACUGCAAAAAUGGCUUCACUGGAUCAAAUAAGCCUUCUCAGUCCACCCUGAAGUUGUCUACAUUGCACUGUCAAUAUACAGCUAUCCCAGACAAGACUUGCUAUAAAGAAUGUUAACUGUUUUAUCAGUAACCACAUUAUUGAGUAGUACUUAAACAUGUAAAAAAUAAUCUGUACCAGUAAUUUUAACAUAAACAGUUGGUGUUAGGAAACUAUUUAUUCUCAAGCACAUUGAGCAAAAACAAGAUAUCUACCUAGCUCAAAGUGUUGUCCAUGACCAUUGCCAAUCUAAAAACUACUUGUCAUUGGUACAUGAUGACACAAAAUACAAAAACUGAAAGUGUGUAGAAACAUUUCUAGCAAUUUUGACAGAGUAAUUUAAUGUCUGUUGAAUCUAGUGCUUUUGAAUGAGGUGGUAUUUUACAUAUCUUUGCUUCUUUCUCAUUUCACCUUUGUAGUAAUUUUUACUGCAAUUUAUAGUCCAUUACAGAUUUGAAAUUUAAAAUAACUGGUUCUUUUCCUCAGAUAGUUUGAAAAACACACUGCAGAGAUGCACUGUCCAAUCUGGUAGCCACUAGCCAUAUGCAGCUAAAUUAAAAUUAAAAUGUAAUUUCUCUCAUAGAAUUUCUAGAAGAAACUAUAGGCUGUAAUUUCUUUGACAUCGGCCUUAGCAAUACUUUUCUAGAUAGUAUCUUCGGGCAAGGAGAGCAAAAGUAAAAAUAUAUGCAAAUGAUAUAUCUGAUAAGGCAUCAAUAUCCAAAUAUAUAUAUUUAUAAAGAAGUCAACAUCAAAAAAAUCAAAUAAUCUGAUUUUAAAAUGGGCAGAGAACCUGAAUACACAUUUUUCCAAAGAAGAUAAAACAGAUGGCCAACAGACACAUGAAUAAAUGUUCAACAUCACGAAUCAUAAGGGAAAUGCAAAUUAAAACCACAGUGGGAUACCACCUUACACAUGUGAGAAUGGCUACAUUCAAAAAGACAAGACAUAACAAGUGUUGGCGAGGAUGUGGAGAAAAGGGAAACCUUGUCCACUGUUGGUAGGAAGGUAAAUUGGUGCAACCACUGUGUAAAACAGUAUGGGGCUCCUCAAAAAAUUCAAAAUAGAAAUCCCAUCCAACCCAAUAAUUCAACUUCUAGGUAUUUAUCCAAAAAAAAAAAAAAAACACACUAAUUUGAAAAGAUAUAUGACCCCUUUGUUUAUUGAAGCAUUAUUUACAAUAACCAAGCUAUAGAACCAACCCAAGCAUCCACAGACAGAUGAAUGGAUAAAAAAGAUUUGGAAAAUACACACACACAGUGAAAUACUACUCGACCGUAAAAAAGAAUGAAGUUUUGUCAUCCAUGAAUGGAUGGACCUAGACAUGGACCAAAAAGGUACUAUGCUAAGUGAAAUGAGUCAGACAGAGAAAAGAAAUACUAUAUGACUUCACUUACGUGUGGACUCUAAAAAUCAAAACAAACUGAAGAAACUUCCUCAUAAAUACAAAGAACAAAUUGGUUGUUGCCAGAGGGGAGAAGGGUGGCAAAAUAGGUAAAGAGGAUAAAAUGGUACAUAUUUCCAGUUAUAAAAUAAAUAGGUCACAGGCAUAGAAAAGUACAGCGUAGAGAAUAGAGUCAAUAAUAUUGUAAUAACUUUGUAUGAUGAUAGAUGGUAACUACACUUACCUGGUAAGCAUUUUGUAAUUUAUAUAACUGUGAAAUCACUAUGAUUUACACCUGAAACUAAUAUAAUGUUAUAGGGUCUUUACUUCAAUUAAAAAUUUUUUAAAAAUGUUUAAAAACUUUGUGUGAUACUAUAAUGGUGUAUACAGGUCAUUAUACAUUUAUCCAAAUCCAUAGAAUGAAUGCCAGGAGUGAACUCUUAUGUAAAUUACGGACUCCGAUGAGUCAAAAGAGGUUCACCAAUUGUAGGGUAUGUGCCACCCUUGUAGAGAAUAUUGGUGAGGGGGGAGGCCAUGUGUUGUGUGGCAGGGGGAGUGGGUAUAUGGGAAAUCUAUGUACCUUCCACCCAAUCUUGCUGUGAACCUAAAACUACUCUAAAAAAUACAUUUUACUACAAUUAAAAUUUUUGAAAGCAAAAAAAUUAAAAAUUAAAAAAUAAAAUAAGUUGUACACAUCAGUACUCAUCAGCCUAUCUAUACACUUCAGCAUGGUUAUCACUAACCAAGGCUCAAUAUUUAUUUACAUUUUAGGUGAGACUUACACGUAGUAAAAUGGACAAAUACCAAGCAUACCACUUAGUUUUGAGAAGAGCAUACAUCCAUGUGAUCCCAAACCUCUAUGAAGACAUAGAACACUAUCAUCUUCAGAAAGUUUCCUCAUGCCCCUUCUUUGUUAAUCCCUCACUCCCACCACCACCCCAGUGGUAACAAUGGUUCUGAUUUUUUCCCCAUAGAUAAGUUUUGCCUGUUCUAGAACUUCAUAUAAAUGGAAUCAUACAGUAUAUACUCCUGUGUAAGACUUCUCUGACUCAACACAAUGUUUCUGCUAUUCAUCCAGGCUGUUGUUUGAAUUUUCUUUUCAUUGUUGAAUAGUCCAUUCCAUUUCAUUGCCAAGUUAUAUGAAUAUAACACUGUUUUCCACUCUUCCACUGAUGGAUAUCUGGGUUAUUUCCAGUUUUUAGCUCUCCUUUGACAUUUUAUUAUAUAAAUGUAUAGUCAUAACUAGACUAUGUAUUUAAUCCACCUUCAACCUUUAUGUCAUUGUGCAAAGUGAUCCAAAUAGAUAAAAGAUUUCAUAAAAUUUACAAAGUAUCUCUUCUCUGUAUGUUUUUCACAUUUCUGACUUUUCUACUAUAUAACUAGUUACUUCUCUUUACUCUUUACAUUUACAGAUGCAAUCCUCUCUGGUAAGCUAGUGUUCUAGAAUUUGUCUCAGUGAUAUGAGAGAAUACUAAUUAGUUGUGUGCUACAUACAUACACAAUAAACUUUUUGAUUAAUUCAUAAAUCCGAGAACCAAAAGAACUAAGUAAGCAAAAAAGAAGAAGGUAAAACAAAAAAUAAAAUAUAUCCUUGUGGAGAAACCACUUAAAUUAGGUCUUCUUAAAUACUCUUUGAGCCAAGGUACUUGGACACAUACUCUGAAAAUAACUUUUAUGGCCUUUUCCACAAAUAUUUUUAUUCUCUACAUUAUAAUUUAAGUUACAGCAUAGACCUACAGUUUACUAUCUCCCUCAUCCUCUUAUCUUUUCACUCACUAAGACCCGCCAGCUGUUCCUUUCAAUUGUCUUCCACAUCAAUUCUUUAUUUUGCAUUCUUGCUGUCACACAGACACUUCAGGCCAUUCCCCCUUACCUCAGAAGUGCUAUCAAAUCUCCUUCAUUUUUGUUCAUAUCCUAUCUUUGCCAUGUCCAUACUCUCAUAUCCACCACUAAUUAAUCUUCCUAAAAUCCUAUUUCAUCCUAUUACUUACAUGCCAAAGUCCUGAGCAGCUCAUCAGUAUGUAUAAAUUUAAGUUUUAGCUCCUAUCCUAACAUUCAAAGAGCUCCAGAACUCAUUCUCAAAAACCUGCUCACUUGAUCUGCUGCUCUUCUUCUGCAGGCAACACAUUGUCCUACUUGCCUUUCCUUAGCUGUGCCCCAUGCUUCUGCAUUCUGGCACCCAUACCACUAGGACCCUCUGGAAUACACCCUCUUCCUUACCUGCCCUCCUUGGGCACCUUUAAGCCCCAGCCACAGGUUUAUCUUUGCUACCAAGCUCUUCUUAAUUCACCCUCUCCCUAAUCCAUGGAAUUUAAGACACCUCCUUUACCUGAAAUAAAGCAGGGCGUAGACAAUAAAUAAGUGACCCAAAGUGAUGUCUCUCUUUGGACUUCUUUUGCACUUGUCGUCCCUCUCACUCAUUUUUUAUUCUACACGGCUGGGUGUUACUACUUUACACAUCUAUCUCUUAUUUCACCUAUCUUAUAAAUUUCUUUAGUGAUACACUCAUCUCUUUCACUUGUUUCUCCCACUAUAUCUAUCCUAGAAUCUUACACAUAUUAGGUGAUUAAUCAUUUUUUUCAGCUGAUUCACUUUUAUAACUAAAAAAUAAAACAAAUCCUUAUGAAGCAACAUUUCCUUAUGAGAUGGUCUUAUAGAAAGCAUUUGUAUUCUUAAUCUGUGUAAUCCUUCAUACAUAAAUUAUAAAAAUAUCAAACGCUCCAGAAAUUUUUUUCUAUCUUGUGGGGGGGUUUUAUACCAUGCUAGAGAUUAUCACUGGCAGAUUGCCAAAUGACUAAGAAGCAUUAUUUAAUCAAGAAUAAGUCAUCUAAAUUUACAGCAUAUUUUUAAAAGUUACUUUGUCCUCCAUUCCUAACAGUUGCUGUAAAGGGCCUGGUUUUAGUUUCCUCAGAAAUGUAUUAAGUCCAGGGGCACCUAGGUGGCUCAGUCAGUUGGGCAACUGACUUCGGCUCAGGACAUGAUCUCAUGGUUCGUGAGUUUGAGCCCUGCAUUGGGCUCUGUGUGGACAGCUCAGAGCCUGGAGCCUGCUUUGGAUUCUGUGUCUCCCUCUCUCUCUGCCCCUCCCCCACUCACACUCUGUCUCUCUCUCUCAAAAAUAAAUAUUUUUAAAAACAGUUUUUAAAAAUGUAUUAAGUCCACAUGUAAAUUAAGAAUCUUUAUGUCACAAAGAUUUCAAUAAAUGUGUUCCUAACUGGAAAUAAUCUCUUCUUCAAAAUGUCCAAUAUUUUAUUAAUAUUGAGUUUCUUCCUAAGAGUUAUUACCAUAGCCUUCCUAUUUAUAAUUUAGCUUUCUAGUUAUAAAUCACAAAGUUCCCACAUGGCAUAUUAGAGUGUAUUUACAUGAAAACAGCAUAAUAUUAACCUAAUAACAGGAGUCAAAAGAAAAUCACCACUAAAUUCCCCAGCUCACUACUCCAAUUAAAUGUUGCUAUUCAUCCUAAAGUUAUGUAUUUUCCUACACAACUAAAAUUACUGAAACUGAGUGCUUCGGCCAGAACUGUAACCUCUUUGCCCUGUGGAGUGUGAGCUGUGCAGAUGAUUAUGUGCACAAAUUAUAGCACAUUGAGUAAAAUAGGUAAAGAAGGUAUUCCAGGCAAGGUCAUUUGGUCAGUCCCUAAGAGACUAACUGUACAAAUUCAGCAAGAUCUUCUUAGCCUGCAGGGAAAGGUGGAAAGUAUGUAAGAAAGCACUGUAGGAUGUGAGCAUGAGAAAAAGUUUGAAAUCAGAAUUAGGACACAUGAUACUUUCACAAAUUUCAUUUAACACAGAAAACUGUAACCUCUAUAAUAGAGAUACUUUCUCCACUUAUAAAAGAGUACAGGAUGACAUUUGCCAAGGUACUGUAUUUAUAAGAACGUAGAACCUACCUUAUGGAAUUUUGUUAUAAUAUACAGCAAGAAAUGCUCAAGCUUGGACAUAAUGAGUAAAAGUACUAACUACCAUAUCAAAGCCAAACCUCAGAUAAAUACCACCUGUAGGAUUUAUAGAAUAAUUUUUUCUUUAAA